AUGGCUCUUGAUCUCGCAACAGGACUUCAGGCAUUUUUGCCCCGAAUUAUAGUCUAUACAAUCGUUGGAACCACAGCAGCAUGGCUGUUGCAUCUCAUGCAACCUGCGCUGCAGGCUGCCCUUUCGAAAGACUACCAGGAAUUCAGCUGGGCUGGUGGUAAUCGAGGUGUUGGCAUAUUUCUCAAGGCGACAUAUGAGGUUGCUUUCAAGUCGAGAGAGUAUUUUAAGAACACCCACCGUAAGAUACUCGAAGCUGGCCAUGGCGGAAUCCAACUUGUUCCUAUUCCCCACUGCAGCACUGGCUUUAUGCUUAUGGUACCGAAGCAACUUCUUAAUGAAUACGUCAAACAGCCUGAAAAUGACAUCUCUCUCAAGAGAUACACUCUCCAGGCGCUGGUCCCAGACUACACCACCCUGGGAGCUCAUAUUGUGAUCCACCCCGUUUACAGAAACGUUGUCCACCGAGAGCUUUACCAGAAGCUCUCAGACAAGAUGGGAAUGGUGGAUGAAGAGAUGAAAGCUGCUCUUGACGACAAUAUUGCCUCAAAGGUCGAUUCCAAUGGAGUGGUAAAGAUCAACAUGUGGGAUACUGCAAGCGCCAUUCUUAGCAGAUCUGCAAACCGCAUCAUCUCAGGCCAGCCUCUGUGUGACAACAAGGAGUACCGAGAUGCCACUGCUGAGUAUGCUGCCACAUUCUUCGCGUCAGCCCUGUACGCACGGUUCAUCCCGCCGUUUCUUCGCCCGCUCUUGUUGCCCUACAUGUGUCGGCCGCUAAUGCGCUGCAUCGAGACAGCUGCAAAGCAUGCGACGCCUGUUCUCAAGGAACGCAUGGCUAUUAUUGACACCGCUGAGGAGAAAGACAUUGAACCGGAUCUACCGAAUGACAUGCUGAGCGCAAUCAUCUUAGCAGCCAAGAAAGAUCCUAACGGCCCAUCGGAGUACGAGCCAAUGGUCAUUGUAGCCAGAAUGAUGGUUCUGAACUUUGUACAGUCUUACACCAACCUUGUCACCAUGACCAAUCUGAUAUAUGACCUCAUCUCCCUGCCAGAAGGGGACUUUGAGGAUACGAUCAGCGAUCUGCGGGCGGAAAUCAAUAGGGAAAUCAACAAGGGCGACGCCUUUUCACAUGAGUUCUUCCAGAGACUGCCGCUUAUGGAUUCUCUUAUCAGGGAAAGUAUCCGCUUCAACCCAAUUGGGGAGACCGGCAUUGAGCGAGCCGUUGGCAAAAAGGGUGGCUUCACUUUCUCCAACGGCAUCCACGUGCCGCAAGGCGCAAUCCUUGCAGCGCCGAUCAAAGCCUACCAGCGUGAUGAGAGGGUGUAUCCAGGGGGGUUCAAUCCUCGCCGAUCAUUGACAGACCCGGAACAUCCCAAGAUGACGGACAUCUCUCCAGAUUUUCUGAAUUUUGGUCUUGGAAGAGGGGCUUGCCCUGGGCGGUUCUUUACCAGUAAUCUACUCAAGCUUACGCUGACCCAUCUACUUCUGGAUUACGAUUUCGAGAGGUUGGAGGAGAGGCCUGAGAAUGUUCGCAAAGUGACAAUUGAUGAGCCUUGUGGUCGGGUGCUCAUCACUUUGAGGAAGAGAGACCAUGCCUGA